GUUGACUUGUGCACAAAAUCGACUUAUCUGUGGCACCCUUUUCUCAUGGGGGAAGCUAGCUUACAUCCGCUCGCCGAUCAACCGACUGGGCCUAGCUCUCUAUAUAUACUCUGACUUGACGCGAUGCGCUCGCCCACAGAAAGCACCGGCUAAGCAGAAAAAGGAGGCACACUCCUGGGUUAGUAGGGUUGCGGCAUGCAACGCCAGGAGGAAAGCCGGGAGGGACGAGAAACAAGAGAGCAAGAGGAGAGUCGAGUAAGAAGAGGCGUGGUAUCAACUCGGAAAGGAACGCACAUAUUGUUUUAUCGAGUCACCCAGCAGCUGCCCUGGGCGGCAAUUGGGCAUUAGGCGGCGUGGCCGUUGUCCGCAGUUGAAUCCCUUCGUUGUGUGCGAGGCUCGACUGGCUGCUUCACCCUGCCACAAUUGCUCAAUUGGCUCUGUGACUAUUGCUUUGCGCGGCAUGAGGUCUGCCGCGAACAGCCGUCGCCUCUGCUGGCAGCAGCCCGCGCUGGGCCUGGGCCGCCCUUUGAGUCAGAGCCGACUUGGAGCUCCCCCGCAUUUGCGACGGCUGCCACCCCCAGCGGCGCGGGCACAUUUAUUUCUGCCCCUCGACUCGAGCUUUCCACUUUCUUCGUCGUCACGUCUCCCCACGCUCGCGCCGCGACACCGGCAACCCCCGAUAACCGCCGCUCCAGCAGCCGAUCCAGCAACCAGAACCAUUCCCGUCCGCGUCCCUGCCCUCGCCAGCUGCCGCCGCUCCCUGCGCCUGCGCGCAUCCACCCCCGCCUUGUCCCCGACCGAGGCCCCUGCCGCCGCCGCCACCACCACUAUCAUGGGCGAGCCCAAGUGGUCUGCGGCUGCGGUCCGCACCACGUUCCUCGACUUCUUCCAGGAGAGGGGCCACACCGUCGUGCCUUCGGGCUCCGUCGUGCCUCACAACGACCCCACCUUGCUCUUCACCAAUGCGGGAAUGAAUCAAUUCAAGCCCGUCUUCCUGGGCACAGUCGGGAAGACGGAUCCCAUGGCCAGUCUCAAGCGUGCCGUCGAUACCCAAAAGUGCAUCCGUGCUGGCGGCAAACAUAAUGAUCUCGACGAUGUCGGCAAGGACAGCUACCACCAUACUUUCUUUGAGAUGCUGGGAAAUUGGUCGUUUGGCGACUACUUCAAGAAGGAGGCCAUCGCAAUGGCCUGGGAGUUGCUUACCAAGGUCUACGGUCUCGAUGCCACCAGGCUAUACGUGACGUACUUCGAGGGCAACCCCGCGGCCGGACUCGAGCCUGACCUCGAGGCCAAGAACCUAUGGCUCGCCGCCGGCGUGCCAGAGGACCACAUUCUACCCGGCAAUAUGAAGGACAACUUCUGGGAGAUGGGUGACCAGGGCCCCUGUGGCCCCUGCAGUGAGAUACAUUACGACAAGAUCGGCGGCGGCCGCAACGCAGCGCAUCUGGUCAACCAGGACGACCCGCUCGUCGUUGAGGUCUGGAACAUCGUCUUUAUACAGUUCGAUCGCCAGCAGGACCGAUCACUCAAGUCGCUGCCCGCCAAGCACAUCGACACGGGCAUGGGCUUCGAGCGGCUGGUCGCCGCGCUGCAGGACAAGACGUCCAACUAUGGCACCGAUGUCUUUGCCCCUCUGUUCGCCAGGAUACAGGAGGUGACAGGUGCGCGCUCGUACACGGACAAGUAUGGCAAGGAAGACGUUGACGGGAUCGACACGGCUUACCGCGUUGUGGCUGACCACAUCCGGCUCAUGGCCUUCUCCAUCGCCGACGGCGCGGUUCCCUACAACGAAGGCCGCGGCUAUGUCGUGCGCCGCGUCCUGCGCCGUGGCGUUCGCUACGCGCGCAAGUACUUUAACGCCGAGAUCGGCGGCUUCUUCUCGCAAAUUCUGCCCACGUUAGUCGAGCAGCUGGGGUCUGGGUUCCCAGAGCUGGUCAGGAAGCAGCAGGAUAUCCAGGAGAUAUUGGACGAGGAGGAGGAGGCCUUUGCGCGAACCCUCGACCGCGGCGAGAAGCAGUUCGAGAAGUACGCCGCCAUGACCAUCAAGGCCGGCGAGAGCAAGCUUUCAGGCUCCGAUGUGUGGCGGCUGUACGACACGUUCGGCUUCCCCGAGGACCUUACCAAGCUGAUGGCCGAGGAGCGUGGAAUCACCAUUGACGAAGCCGAGGUCUCGGUGGCCAGGGAGAAGGCGCGUGAGGCCAGCAAGUCGAUCAAGGAGGCGGUGCAGACCUUCGCCAAGCUUGACGUACACAGGAUAUCGGAGCUCGAGAAGGAGCUCAAGGUGCCGCGCCCAGACUCUGAGCUAAAGUUCUCCAAGGACGAAAUUACGGCCAAAGUAAUGCUACUAUUCACGGGCAAAGACUUCAUCAAAUCGAGCAAGGAACUGCCGCCCAAGACGCCGCUUGGCCUGCUGCUCGACCGCACCAACUUCUACGCCGAAUCGGGAGGUCAGGUCGCCGACACGGGCCGCAUUAUUAUCGACGGCGUGGCCGAGUUCAACGUGCUGGACGUGCAGGAGUACGGCGGCUACGUUUUGCACAACGGUUAUCUCGAGUUUGGCGAGCUCACGGCUGGCGACGCGGUCCUGUGCGAGUACGACGAGCGGAGGCGGCUGCCGAUCCGCAACAACCACACGGGUACCCACAUCCUUAAUCAUUCACUGCGCGAGGUCCUCGGCGACGAGAUCAACCAAAAGGGCUCGCUGGUGGACGAGGAGAAGCUGCGCUUCGACUUUUCCCACAAGGUCGCCGUGACCCUACCUGAACUCCGCCGUAUCGAGGACCUUGCCAACUCCUACAUCCGCCAGAACUGCAAGACGUAUGCCAAGGAAGUCUCCCUGGAUCUCGCUCGCCAGAUUGAGGGCGUCCGCGCCGUGUUCGGCGAGACGUACCCGGACCCCGUGCGCGUCGUAUCCGUCGGUAUCGAGGUUGACAUGCUGCUUGAGAACCCCAAGAACCCCGAGUGGCGCAAGGUCUCGGUCGAGUUCUGUGGUGGCACCCACGUCGAGCAGACGGGCGUCAUCAAGGACAUGAUAAUCGUUGAGGAGAGCGGCAUCGCCAAGGGAAUUCGCCGCAUCGUCGCCUACACUGGAGACGCUGCCCACCAGGCCCAGCGCGACGCCGUCAAAUUCUCGGAACGCAUCACCGAGCUGGAGAAGCUGCCCCUGGGGCCCGAGAAGGAGGCUGCCAUCAAGAGCACCCAGCAAGAUCUCGACAAGCUCGUCGUCUCGACCCUUACAAAGGAUGAGCUCCGCUCCCGUUUCGGCAAGACCCAGAAGGACGUGACGGAAGAGCUCAAGAAGAGGCAAAAGGCCGAGUCAAAGAAGGCUCUCGACACCGUCGCUGCCUACUUCAAGAACCCGGAGAACGCCGGUUCCAACACCUUUGUCGGUCAUCUUCCAAUAUCCGCCAACUCCAAGGCACUCGCAGAUGUCGUCAACCAUUUCAAAUCCAAGGACAAGGAGAAGUCUGUCUACGUUUUCGGCGGCGGCGCCGAUGAAGGCGCCGUUGUCCAUGGCGUCUAUGUUGGAACCGCCCUUUCUUCCAAGGGCGUGACCGCCGAGCAGUGGGCCAGCGCCGUGUGCGGCGUUAUUGGUGGUAAAUCCGGAGGCAAGGAGCCCACACGGCAGGGACAGGGCACCGCCCCUGAGAAGCUACAGGAUGCAGUUAAGGAGGCUGAGAAGUACCUGUCGGGUAAGCUCAAGAACCUUUCCAUCUAGCCGGCCGAGAGCAUUGAGGCCCCAGCAACUUGGAAGGUUUGUUUGCGCCGCUGCCUGCGGCAAGGAAAUCGGAUAUGGGACGUGGCGUCUGUGGGAAGGGUACAGUUACGUUGUUUUUAUAGACAGUCGGUGCUGGGGGAAGGGAUGUGUGGCGAUAUUUGAGAACGCUGAGCUCUUUCUAUGAUUGUAGAUGAAUGUAACUUUUUAUCACUUGA